GGGGCGUGUGUAAACAACAAGAGGUGGGAAGAGAACGUCAGCUCGGGGGCCAAUCGCAGGAGUUUAUUGGAGGAACCAAUGAGAGAGCCGCGUUUGCAACCGCUAGGGACAGCGGUUUAACUGAUUCUUACCUGGAAGUGGGCCUCGGCGCAUGCGCGGUGACGCCGGGUACGGCUGCGGAGGAGUUAACAGGCCGGGCGCCUAGCACAGCCUGCAGUGAUAAGGAGGUAGCGCGCGGCUGAGGGGGAGCAGAAGGACGGAGGCGAGCGGAGUAGCUGCAACAAAAUGGCGGAGCCGAGCCGUCGGAGUCACGAGACCCGGUCUAACUGUCAGGGUUUGGGAUGGGGGUGAAGGUAUAAUCACGCCCCGAGUCUCCGUUCCCCCCACUCUCUGCCGUCCCUCGCCCCAGUCAGCGGGUCGGGCGCCCUUUGCUCGGGCUGAGGCGGUGAGCUCCGAGUCAGGGAGACGAGAUGGCCGCCUGGCUGAGUUUGUCGAAUGCAAAACAAAAUGGCGCUGGUGAAGGAGAGCCAGCCGUGCCCUGUCCGCCGCCCAUCCCCGAGCUGGCUGGCUGCGGGGGACCCUGCACGGCUCGGGAGACAGAGAGCAGCACCCAGCCGCUGCCGCAUCCUCCCUGGAAUGGCGGCCACUGCCUCCUCGGUGAGUAUGGCUGCUGCCUGUCUUUGUCCUUGGGUGGGGAGACAAAAACAAGCAAGUGUCCUUGGGAGAGAGAGAGAGAGAGAGACCUGGAGGGAGACAGUCACCCAUCAGCCUCCUAGCACCCCAUCAGCUGGACAGUAACCCGGGUCCCCUGUCUAAACCAUGUCCCCCAUGGAGACUCUUACCAUAUAUUCAUUUUAAUAAUUUCAUACUCUGGCUAUACAGGGCAUUGGUGGUUCUCAAUGUCACAGUCCGUCUCCUACAGUCUAAUCUGCAACAAUCACAUGGGUAUUGGGAUGAAAGGAGACCUUUUUUUAAAAUUGGACAUUACAACAAAUAUAUAUAUAUAUAUAUAUAUACUUUUCAUGCACAACACUCAAGAAUAAGUUUUCAAGCCCUUGUUUGAUAGUCAAAUAAUUAUCCCUCCCCCCUCCCAUCAUCUAUUUUUUUUUUUUUUCCCUUUCUGCAGUGAAGUAUGGAGGGGGGAUGUAAACGUAUGUAUUUUCUUUGUUUCUUAUGGGUGUUGGCUUUUAAUUCUCUUCAGGCCAUGUUAAAAAAAAAUCUGUAUGUAUAUAUUCUACACACAGAUAUAAUAUACAAUUUUUAAGUUCUUAUUUGGUUUUAAUCUUUCACUAGGCGACUGGAGUGUGAUAAAAUAUGUACAAUAACUUGUUUUUAGAGAAUUCUAGUAUUGCAUUAUAAAAUUUGACUGCAUGUAUCGACACACCACUUUAUAUACUUAGUAAUUUGUAUAUUAGAUCUUUUUGUUAAGCUAAAAUUUUCUUAAUACAUUCAUGUGUUACUUUUAAUUUAUAUAUAUUUUUUUAAAUGUUGCCACAUUUGCUGUCAAAAUUCAAAUCUUCAUGUCGUGUUAAAUUUUUUUGAGUUGAAAUAUUUGCUCUUUUGCCUCUUCCUGGCUUACAUUUUCUCCUUCUAGAAAAAGAGAAUUUUCUUGUCAUGAUUUUAUGGCCAUCUUGAAAGAAUAAAUAAAUCUUUUAUUGGAAGCAAAAGCAGCCAAUAUAUUAUAAAUUCCUAUGAAACUCUUGUGCUCUUCACAAUUUGAGGUUUUAAAUAUAUUCCAGCAGCGUUAAUUGUCUUGUAAUUUAUAAAACAAUUUUUUUUAUUUAUUUUUUUAUUUUGCCGUUUUAGAUCCAUUUGUCUAUAUCUGAUGAACUGCAUCUUAUUUAAACAAAUUUUAAUCAAUACGGAGUCUGAUAUUUAAUGAGUAGUAUAGUUUCAUAAAAUUGAUGUUAAAACUGCAUGCUAACAAGCCUAUUUAUUCUCCCACAGAGAUUAAUGAAAAAUAGGCAGCAUGGAUUCUUUCAUAACGUGAGCUGUUUGAUGCACAGUAUAAGGUAUUUUAUAUUUUAAUUUUUGUGUAUUUUUUGUGUUUUUAUAAAUCAUAACAGUUACAUUGUAUUUUAGUUUGGUUUCUUCAUGAUAAAAGUGUGCUUUUAUUUUUGCAGGGCUUUAAAGAGCUUUAACUCCAUUACCGAACAUCCUUUUAUCAAGUAAGUAUUGGAUAUAAACUAUGUAUUAUUUGAAGGGGGUGGGGGAGGGACGCAGAGAAAGAAACCUGGUGAAGUACAUUUUUGUACAAGCUGCUUCUCACCAGUUCAAGCUUCCAGGCAAUGUAAUCUUUUAAUUUUUUUAUGAGAAUUUAUCUUGCUCUAGCAGACUGUUUAUUCACCAUAACUAAAACAAAAGCAAGCUUUUUAGUCAUGCUUAAAACCACGCAUAUUAAAUUUUUUUUUAUUUUUUUUACAAUAUCUGUUUAACACUAAAUACAUGUAUUUUAGCAUUUGGUACCAAGCCUGUGUAAAGCUCCACAAACUGCUCUGCGGAAUGUUGAAUAGUGUUCUUAGCGUCUUCAUUGUUUUAUUUUAUGUAGCAUGACCUCUAAAGGUUAUUUUAAGUCUGGUAUUUCACGUUUUUACUUUUGAAUUUUAAUUUAACAGUAUUAAAUAAAACUGGUUACAUACUAGCAAAGGAAAGGGUUUUUAAUCUGCGUGACACUAAUGCAUGAAUUAUGAAAUAAUUUCUCCAUGGACUAUCAUACCUGCAUUGGUAAGUUUUAAGCAUAAAUGUGUAUAAGGUAAAUUUCUAAAUAAUUGUGUUCUGAUAUUUGACUUAAACACGAUGAAUGUAAUCUUUAGAAAUUCUUGUCAGGUCAUUUGACAUCCCGUGGAAGGACUGACUAAAUAAAAUGGAACUUCUAAUUUGUAAAAUACUACAGCAGGGUGGAGUCUUAAAUAUUUGUCAUUUAUACUUGAGCAUUAUAGAACUGCUCUCAGCUUGUCAGUAGCAACUUUGACAUUUUCUUCUUUGGCUGGUGUAGUAAAAAAGCAAGGUUUUUAAAUUUGUUCUAAUAAAUCUGCAUUCUACAAAAGUUUGUCAAACUCUUGUGCAUUUACAACAUCCGUACCAAAACACAAUCAUUAAAAUGUUUAGUUUUUUUCUGUUCUUGUACAUGGAUUACUCACCUUUUUUACCUGUGCCUUCACUUGUAAAAUAAUAAAGUGUCCUAAAUACCGGGUUAGGAAUAUUAACAUGUUUUACAUGGAGUGGAAUAAACUCUACAACCAUACUGACAUCUCUAACUUCAGUGUUAAGUUUUUCUUAUAUGCCCCCACGAGUUCUUUACUUGCAAUGUUACACAUUAUCAUAGGCAAUGUGUUUUUUUUUUUUUUUUUUAACUGGAAAAUAUUCGGGCAGUUGUAGCAAUUUCCUUUCUGUGAAAUGUACUUUUUUUUUUCCAAAACAGGCAGUCUCCUAACCUACCUUGCAAAGCUUCUGCUGAUUUGUUCACGUAGCCCUUAUAGUAACAUUGACAUUUCACUGGCCUUAUUUCCAAAGCUUUGAAAAACAUUUCUUUCAAGAGGUGUAAAACACAAUCCAAGUCAGACUUAAGCUGUUGCACAUAAAGUUUUAAUAGAUUGGUCUGCUUAAAAACUGGAACAAAUUACAUUUUUGUAGUUGCUAAAGCACCAAAGCAUGCAAACAGGUGGGUACAUUACAUAACCAUUUGCAUGUAUUUGCUUAAUAUAUAGGUUUAAAACAUGUAAUUGGUAAGACUUCUUAAAUUGUACAUUUUCCCUAACAUAAAAGAUCAAGAAAAUUACUUCUCUGCAAUACUUUAUCAUUUUGUCUAAGGUGAAACAAUGCCUAUCUCCAAGAUGUACACCCGAAAUAUAGGACUUGUAUGUCACACUUGUAAAAAUUACAGGUGUGCAGGCCCUGUGCCUCCUGACUGAUGUUGAAUUGACAACCUAAAUUUUACUAAAUUGAAAUCAAAUAGGAAAAUAUAUCUUGUGCUAAUCUCCAUUCUCUAUUUUUAGCAAUCUUUUAGUUUUAAUUUUGCAAAGCAGCUGUCAAUUCACUGUCUGUGGAUUACAUGCCCUUGGGGCAGAUACUUUACAAGUGUGCAUCAUUUUGGUUAAAAGUGAUGGAAUGAGCAAAAUAUGAAUAUCUUCAGGAAGUAGAAAAGAGUUCAGUGAAAAUUGGGAUGGGUGUCCUGUUUUCCUGAGCAGGCCACAUCAAAGUGUGUGUAUAUGUGUGUGUGUGUGUGUAUAUGUGUGUGUGUGUUAAAAUUCUUAACUGUGUGUAAAACAAAAACACUUUAUGCUAGCUUUCUGAAGAUUAUUUGAGAGCCGCAAGUAAUUUGUUUUUAAUGAGGAAGUUUUAAAUAGUCAACCUUUCAUCACAUUAUUUUCCUUCACGUUGGAAGUGACUCCUUUAAUUCUAGAUGGUUUCUUUUGCAGAUGCAUAGGCAAGCACACUUUGUCAAAUAAGUUACUGAAUACAGAGCCUUUCAUUCAGGUUAAUAGCAUCUAAACCUCUGUCCAGCUGGAAUUUAUGUAACAAAUGACUCUCUCCCGCAGCAGUUCUAGAGCUGCCAUAGUGUGGCUUCUAUCAUUUGUACAGCCCUGUUCAGUUUUUUAACUGGCAAUGUACUGACAUAUUCACUCUGACAGCUGGGCUGCUACAGCUAGUGGUCUCUCACACAGGCUGCAUUUAUUUAUUUUAUUUUUUUCUUUAAUCUCUGCAACACUGUUACACUAUACAAGGAAACCUGACGUUAUAACAUGCAAUGAGCAUAACUUGGUGUUGCUAACUGUCCCUUUUUAUUCAAACCCCAUGCUCUCAUGCAUUAAAAUGUAAUCUCUCCACUCUGACCCAUUUAAUCUCUCCACUCUGAGACUGAAGUCUUUCGUAAAUGAUCCAUGUGCUUUGAGGAGCUGUUGGCUAAAAUACCUUGCGCAGCAUUAGGACUUCUGUAGCUAAAUACCAGAGCUAUGUUACGUGUUGCAUUCUAAACUGAUGGAAGACUCUAGCUACGUGUGUGGGUUUUUUAUUUAUUUUUUUAUUUUAUUUAUUUUUAUGCUGACCUUGCACUGUAUGGUUAAUUGUCAAGGAUCCUUGGAGGUUAUUUACAAUCCUAACACGCCUUUACAUAUGUUGGUAAUUUCAGACAUUCAAAGAAAUUUAGUUCACUCAAACUGUCUUGUAUUUCAGUUUUGGUGGGUGGGUGUGUAUGUAUAUAUAUAAUUUUUUAUUUUUUUUUACGAAGCAGGAAGGAAACCUUCAAACUAAUGUUAUAUGACAAACCUACUGCUCAACCCAUUUGCCUAGUGCUGUGAUUGCUCUGUGUGAACCAAGAUGGCUUGUAGCCGUUGGUCAGAUAACUGUCUGACUCAAGCAAAAUUUCCUCAAUCUAUAUUCUGUAUUCCCAACACUUUUUAGUGUCCCUGGACCGCAAAAGGGGUUUAAAAAAAAAAAUUAAAAAAAAUAAAUAAAAAAAUUAAAAUAAAAAGUUCACUCACCUUACUCCAUUGUCUGUCCCUUGACACUGGCUCACACACCUCCGACAGCUAAAGAGGGUCUAGUUCGUGAGUGCCAUGUAUGCAUAGGAAAGUGGUUUUUUUUUUUCUUCUUAUGAGAUUUUAAAGCCAAUGCACGUCCUCACGCAAAACGUGGGAUGACCAGCAUUCUUUUACGGAGUCAAGUGUGAACAGCCAGGAAGUAUUUCUGGUGGACAGCCACCAGAGGCAGCCUUAGCACUGCAAUGUGAAUUUAUUUAUAUAUUUUUAUUUUUCUCAUUUCAGGCCUAAGGGGUACAGGGACACUACACCCAGACCACUUCAAUAAGAUGAAGUGGUUUGGAAAUCCAUAACAUUUUAAAAUGUGACUGAUUUACACGGUCAUAUGAUUGUUUUACUCAUGCAGUCCAUGUAGUAUUAGGUUUAAUAAAAAAAAAUUAUAUCAUUUUAUUUAAAAGUAUUGUUGAUUUUAAUUUGGUUAUGUUGUCCUUAAAGUUUUAAUUUUGAAUGCUUUUAGGGAUUUCUUAUUAAACUUUUAAAUUUUAAGUCCAUAAAUGAGCAAUUGUGACAGUUUACUUUGUAGGAUUUUUCCAGUUUUGCUGUAUUGCCAUGUUUGGAAUUCACUUUGAAUUCUCACUUCAUGUAUGUGUUUGAACUGGAUUCUUUAUAAUUUUUAUCUUUUUUUUUUUGUCUUUACUCUGCCAGGUAUGAAUUUCCAUGAGCACCAAAUCUGGUAAGUUCUUCUUUUUUGUUUUUCAUUUAUUUUAUUUAAUGUUUUAUUUGCAAACCUUGUCAUGUGUUGAGCACUGCACUCACACCAGUGUCUGUUAAACACAGUCUGGUAGAAUGUAAAGAAAUUGCCAGGUUUUAUUUAUUUUUUAUUUUACCCGAGCUGUCCUCUAGGAAUUAUUUCACAGCUAUUCCUGCUCAUGUGCAGCAUGUUGCUGUAGCCUUUCUCAUUUGCUUGUCUUCCAUGCCUGCUGAUGAUUUUGGAAAGGCAGAAUAAAGGAUGGUGUUUAUGAAAACCUCUAAUCUAAAUAGACCUCAUGCAACUUAACUUCAAUCCCCCAUUUAUUACUCCUUUUUUGUGGAACCUAAACCAUGCUAUGUUCCUGCAAGGGGGGGAGGGGAAUGUGAUAGAUGUAAAGUUGUGUGGGUUUUUUUUUUUUUUUUUCACACUGAAAAUUGUGAAAGCGUUUCUAGUGGCUAUCAGGGAGACAGCCACUAGAGGCUGGAGUAACCCUGCAGUGUAGACAUGGCAGUUUCUCUGAAGCUGUCUUCAGCUGCAGGGUUAAAACUAGAGGGACCUGGCACCCAGACCACUUCAUUGAGCUGAAGUGGUCUGGGUGACUAGUGGUCCUUUAACUCCUAAAUGGCACAGAAUUGAGCAGUGAGAUUCAUGGUAUAUACACAAAAACUGCUUCCUUAAGCUACAGUUUAUUUUGGUGACCAUAGUGUUCCUGUAUGUGAGCCAUGACAUAUAAUUACUUAAUGAUCUCAAUGCCAUGUAUCAAAAGCAUGAAGGUUGUAUUAGCGCCUGAAGUGUCCCUUUAAUAAAGCUAGUUAUUCGUACGGUUUAUACCAAAUGUCUUAUCUUAUCAAUAACUCACACACUAACACAAUUGGCCAAUCACCUAUGUUGCAUAUUAAUUUACGCAUACAUGCAGUCACUUGCAACAGGAGGUGAGAAAAGUACGGCCUCUUGUGUCUAAUUAGGGAUAAGGGUGUGUAUUCAUCCCAGCAGAGACUGCAUUAGCGUUCCCAUUGCACAAUACCCUGCAUAAAACGUUAGGGAGGAUGUGAUGUCGUCCUAACCCUUUCUUCCAGCAUUGGCAAAAUGUAAUACAGGAGCGCAGAUGUUCUUUGCUACUGCAGCAGACCGCUGUGCAUUCCCUAAAUGUUAUGGUGAUUCCACAAUGUUCCAUUUCUGGGCACCAUUUUGACUGGGAUUUACAUAGCCCAGAUUUUAAUUUAUUUAAGUGGCUUUCCGGGCACUGGCAUGCAACCAUAAGUUACGGUUAUCCUAUGAUGCUUGCUCAUGCACUACAUAAUGAGCAGAUGGCUGAGCACAAUUUAUGCACCGGUUUCCAUGGGAGGUUGUUUUCUGUACCCAGCUUCCUUUUAACCGUGUCUACUGGGUUGACUGUAAAUGGAACUGUUUAGCUGCACCAAACUUUAAGCCCUGGACCAAGACCAUAAAAUGGCUAAAUUAAUUUAAAAAAUUACUUCACACUGUAACUCCUAGGCCAACAGUCUUAAAGAGAUUAAAGGGACACAAAUCACUUUUUUUUUUUUCUCACACAAGCAAGGUCUCUUAAACAAAUUUACCCACCCAAAUAAAGCAAGAAAAACUAAGUAUGUAAUGUCUGUAAACUUUUUCAGAUUGCAUUAGCCUCUUCUCCAUGGGAGAUUCUUCAACCCCUCAUGCUUGCACAUCUCCAUUACAGACCUGUCCACUGGUAAAAGAAACCUAACUCACAAUGAUCAGAUUCCCUCUCCUCUUCUAUCAAAUUUUAUGCAUGUGCAUUUGUAAACACUCUUCACCUUGCAAACAUCCUAUCAAGCAUGCCCAGUGCAUUAUUCCAGAAUUCCUAAGAAUAGGAUACUGGUUAAAUCAAUGCGCCCUCUCCCACCUCUUUGAGAAGCCGAUGGCUACAUAUGUUUUAAAACACAAACUGCAUAGUGAGGCAACUGUCAUUCAAAGCUGCACAAUAUAUGAUGCCCCUGCGCUAGAAAGUGCAUACAUAUGCUUGUAUCCUAAUGGCACCAUUGGUGUUUAUUUCAGUUUGCAUUAUAUGCUCUGACCAUACAGAAAUGUAAAAUAAACUAAAAAAACACAAUCCAUAACUUUUAGUAGACUGUGUACAAAAACACACAUCCCACCUUGUAAAAUUGCUUUAUUCCAGUGCUAAGGUAAUACAGAUUUAUCUGUAUUAACCCUGCAAUACAUGAUUGUGACGUGUUUGAGAACACAACCACUAUCCACCAACACAUUGCUUCUCUGAGGAGCGUUGGCUGUAUUCAGUGUCAUCUAGUGCAUGCUUACAUAAAACAAGUAUUCCUUCUAAAACGGGAUGUAAGGUGGAAAGUUACUCUAGUGGCUGUUUGUAUUGAUAGCCAGUAGAGGGGUGAUUUAUUGAAAUCUCUAAAUGUAAACCUCACCUUUUCUCAAACAGUAAUGUUUCCCAUUGUUCAACCAAUUUGUGUAAUAUAUAUAUUUUUUUAACCCCUUAAGGACACUUGACAUGUGACAUGUCAUGAUUCCCUUUUAUUUCCGAAGUUUUGUCCUUAAGGGUGUUUUUGCAUCAAAGCUAAUUGUGUGUAAAUUAAAUCUCACCCUACCCCUCCCCCCUCCUCUUAUCCACAUCAAUAACUACUAGUUUAUCUGCAGUUAAUCUAGAAUGAAAUGGAGAAUAUACAUGACAUUGUUAUUCUGUAAGGGUGCUGUGAGAAAAUAAAAUCUCUUUAGAACUUCUAUUUAUGUAUUCGUUAGGGAAAGUGAGAAACUGACUAAUAGUAAUCUAAAGUGGCAUGGAUGUCUCACUACAGUGCAUUAUGACACCACUUGGUCACUGAACUAUGCCAAAUAAGCCUUUGCUUAAACUAUAGAACAUUUACUAUUAAAGGGGUGUUUUGUGUUAAUUCCUUUUGUUGGUCGCGCUGUUUUCCGUCCACCUAUCCAAAGGUUCAGACAACCUUCUUUACCAGUUUGUUCAAUUAAAUUCUGAACUGGAACUCUUGCACUUAACUUUUAGAAUAUUGUAUGAGAUGUGACCUCACCCAGGAUAUUGUGCAUGUGCGGUAUUAGCUCCUAAAUAAUCUAUUAAAUAUGGCUGACAUAGGAAUGCUUACCAAUGGUAAAUAAUACCUUUUGAGAGCUGAGCUAUGCAAACAUGUUAUACCUGUAAACAUUAACUACUUUAUUUAACUAUUUUGUUGGACUCUUCAAAUGAAAAGUUGCUCGUACUUUUCCUCAGGGCUCUAAAUUUCCACAGCCAUUGGUGGGUACAAGGUAACCCCCAACACAUCUGUUGCCAAUUGACAUCUUAGAGAUGCAAUGAAUCAAUGCAUCUCUAUGAAGAAAGUUCAGUGUGUGGAGGGUGGAGACUCUGUCAGUGUGGCACACUGUGUAGCACUGCCUCAAGAAGCAUCUCUAGCAGCUACCAGAGUGAGUGGCCAGUGGAGGUAUCCAUAGUUUGUAAUGUAAACUCUACUUUUUAUUUUUUUUUAUUUUAAUUUCCAUUUCCAAAAUGCCCUGGUUAGUAGUUGCAUAUUCCUUGUAGAUAACUGCUAUGCUGCUGUUUUUAUUUAAAGGUGAAAUUUUUCUAAAAUGUAUCUCCAAACAGGUUAGAAGUCUGUAGUCUUCACUGCAACUGUUAAUUUUGUUGAUGGGUGUGAUUGCAAGGGUCUACAUUACAUGUAUAUGGGACACAAUAGGCACCAAGACCGCUUCAGCUUAUUGAAGUGCUCUGGAUGCACUGUCCCAGGUCUCCUAAACCUGCAAAGGUAAUUAUAGCAGUUUUUAAUAAACUGCAAAAAUUCACUUUUUUGGGGUUAACUCUGCCACAAGAGGCACUUCUGGGUUGUUGGGUGAUUCUGCACGUCCUCCUGGUCUGUCACCCAGAACUCCUGCCACUAGUUUCCCUUUAAAGUAACCUAAAAUAUUCGUAAUUGAUCCUGACCAAUUUUCUGUAAUUCAAGGCUGAUGCUAAAGCAGAGCUUUUGGUGACUUUUUUAUUUAUUUAUAUAUUUUUUUUAUUUAAAGUAUACAAAGCCAAAAGAAACAUUUAUUAAUACUUGAAAUUUAAAACUCUUUUUAAUAACAACCUUGUUCAAGGGGAACCAUCAUUUUGUCUAGAAAUGACUCCGCUGAAUAAAGAUUGAAAAAUCACAAUAAGUGCAAGUAAUACAUAUAAGAAACAAACCUUUGUCUCUGUUUCUCCUUUUUCAAUGCUGAUUUAACAAAAGCAAAAGGCUGGGUUGAUAACUGAUUGACAGGGAGCUAAAAUGGACCUGCUCGUUUCUAGGCUUAAGAGGUAUAGAUCUACAUGUUUAAUUUUUCAGGAUUCACAACAACUUAAUUGUUAAAGUGUAGGUACCAAUAAAAAUCCUGACUGGACAGUUUAAUAAUAAUAAAAAAAAAAAGAAAAUUAUUUUAUUUUUUUUUAAAUAUCCAUUUCAAGACAUGGCUUACCAAGUGAAGUGCUCAACACAUUCCCAGUGUAUUUAAAUAUUAAAGCAAAAAUAUGUGUGCAUGUGUUUUCUUAAUGCUGUGGUUAACUGUUAUUAGAUGACUUUAAAAAAAAAAAAAAAAAAACGGUGAAGACCGUAAAAUUUCUGAUUAUGGUAGUUUAGAUCUUUAAAUGUGGCAUUUUUUUUCACGCAUGCGCUCUGUCCCUACAUUUAGGGUGUGUGCGCAAUGUUCUAGCUGUAAUUUUAAAUUAAGAAUUUAUUAAGGAGCACCGUGAAGAGGCCAAUAGUAUAUCAAGCGCUUCUCCUAGAAUGCAUCAGCUAAUAUGUGUUUGGGUUGGCACUCUAGCCUUCCGUAUUGCCUUUACGUUGUAUGAGUCUGUUUUUUUUUUGCCACGUUUAUUGAACUUUUUUGCUAGAACUGUAUUUUAUUAUACCUAAUAAGACUGAGUUGGUAUAUGGGUACAUUAGAAGCAUUUGGGCUGGAUGUAUUGUCCUAAACCCACACAGCAUGCAACUUGAAGGCUCAGUGGUUGCCCCUUUUAGACAUCAGUUAGAUGCUACUAAAAUUCUUGUCUUUGUAACCUGGUCUUGAAACGCAAGUAUCAGUUUCUUCAUAUGUAUUUGAAUUUGCUUUUGAUUGGAGAACCCUAAAGAUAAUAGACAGUGGCCAUUUGUAUAGAGCAUGUACAGUUUUAUACCUGUGUGCAUACAGUUUCUUGUGGUGGGUUAUUUUUUUUUUUUUCUUGUUGAUGUUGACUUAUAGGUAACCUGUUCUAGGCCAGGGGUAGGCAACCUUCAGCAAUACAUAUUUGUUUGGACUAAAUCUCUCCUGGUGCUUUGCCAGUGUUAUGGGAGAUGUUUGUGGACUACAUCUGGAGUGCUGAAGGUUUCCUACUGCUGUCCUGGCCAUUGUGCAGACCAAACUUUAGGCCUUGCAAACUUCCCUUUUUAAGCUAAGCAAUUUAUAGUUAUUGGUCUUACUUUUAUUAAAGUGCAUAGAACUCCAUAAAAUGUUUCUUUGUAUUGUGCUUAAUGGAUUCUCUGUGGGAAAAUAACUUAUGGCCCAUUCCAAUAAUUCAAUGUAAAUAGUGUGCUAUUAUGGGUGAUCUUUAGUUUACCCCCUAUAGUGAUGCAAUAAACCUAUUCUAGUUUGCAUAUAUUUGAUGUUCAUAAGACUGGUGAUAUUCUGAGUUUAAUUUUUUUUUUUGUACAAGAAUGUAUUUUGGAUAUAUGAAUCUCUGUGGUAUGCUUCUGGCUUGAAGUUAUUUUGUAGAAAGACCUAUUUUGAGUAUUUAUUUCACAACUAGACACUGCUUUAUUUUGCUUUGGUCCUAAUUUUGAGAGGCUCGGUUUAUUUUUGGGGGCGGGGGGAGGGUUUAUUAUUGGCCUAACAAUUCAUUAGUUCUGUGUGGACUGUCUCCUUUAUGUUGACUGUAACGUGUUUGUGUUUGUUUUUUGGUUGGUUUUUUUUUUUUUUUUUUGUCGUUUCCCCUCCCCAUCCCCCCACCAAAAAAGUAAAACAAUUGUGCAUGUUUCUGGCGACCAAAAUUAUAUUUUGAGGUAUUUGUAAUUUUGAGUUCUUUGACUUGGUUUUCCAAAGUCCAUUGUGUGUAUUCACACUUUACUAUAAUAUGUACUGAGUAGGUGAGGUUGGGGUUAUUCUUAAACUUUUUGAAGAUUCUGUUGCUAGUGUUUAUGUAGUCUUGAGUGGCUGUCAUAAAUUUUUUUUUUUGUUUUUAAGGGUUUUCUAACAAUGCUGUUAAAUUUGUGGGUUUUAUUUCUCCCCCACACCCCCUUUCUCAUAGAAUGGCUUUGUGUUAUGGAUGUAGUCUCAAAGUCCUCUUAAUCAUUGCCUAUUUUAGUGCAUUUGUACUUGGCAUUGUUAGUGAUGUACACACUACCUCACACCUUACUUAAUGUAAUCUUGAAGUUUGUACGAUGUUGCUAAUUGGGAUAUACUCUUGUGAAUUUCAAGUGUCUUUUGAAAAUGUUUUUUGCAUUUCUGCCACUUUUAUUUUAAUUUUCUUAAUUUCUGGCAUUUUGGGCUACUAUUCCAAACCUCACAAUGGCACGUAUAUGUAGAGCAAAUGGUGCCGUAAUUUGCAAAAUUAAUCUUCUGUGGAAGAAAUAAAAUGUGUUUUGCAAAGGAGUCCCACGUUCCUAGUGUACCAUAGAUUUGGAAUCUGAACAUUGAUACGUGUGUAGUAAUGUACACCUUAGACAACCCGUUAUAAUGUGAUUCAUGUGCCUGUUUUUUAAUAAGUCAUGAUGAGUAGUUAUGUGCAAGGAUCCUAUCCACAUUCCAAUGGGUGUUUUUUCUAAUUUGUUUUCUUAAAGACCUCAGUCCUUGGACUACUGAAAUGGAUUCAACAGAUGAAAACGAUGGCUGUUCAGUAUCAUUUGGAGCCUAUGGAUUGGAGUAAAUUCAGUUACUUGUUCAAGAAGAGUCGAUUUUGAAUGGAUUUAAUGAUGCCAAAAACCCAAUGAAUCGGUUUCUGUAAAAUGGCGGUGUCCUCAUAAGAAUUCUCCCAUUGCAAGAUAACUUGAUAUUAUCUUGAUAAUUUUAAAGUAAUGUUUAACAGGGUGCCCUCUUUCCCCCAAUUAAAAAAAGAUGCUGGGCACAUUAUCAUCAAAUGGUUCAAAGCCGUUUCCUGCACAGUGGAAAGCUAGGUGACUAUAAAAUACAGAAUCUGGCAGCUAGCACCAUGUUUUCUGUGUUGCAUGUUUGUAUUUAUUUUGUUUUGUCUCUGAGUGUUUACAUUGUUUGAUGCAAUUUAAAAUAAAAAAUACCAUCUGUUUUUUACAUUGUGAUUCAAAAAAAAAAAAUGGGCAUCCCAUUGAUGGAUCUCCAAGUGGUAAUUCCAAUGUACUUAAACUAACUUUAACUUGCUUAGUUAUAAAUAUUAGGUUUGCCUAAGUGAAUUAAAAACAAAAUGUCAAAGUAUGUAUACACUUUGUUGGGAGAGUGGUUAUGCAAAUAUGUAUAUGCUUUUCACCAUCUAAAUUGUCAAAAUAAAUUUUACUUUUUUAAUAAAAGCAUUUUAUUUCUCCUAAA